AUUAUUUAUUAUUUUAACUGUAAUUUCAAUAUCUCAAAAUAAUUUUGUCAAAUCAAAGGAUUUUGUGAGUUGAUUUUUUUGACGCGUUAUAGUUAUUGUUUUUUGUGUAUCACAAGGUGACAUUAUUUUAAAGAAUAUCUUUCAAGUCCACUACUAGUCAAGGUCACCUUCAAGAUAAUAUAUUUUCAUAUUUUUCCUACAAUAUCUUCUUGCCAGUAUGAGCGGUGAACCUCAAGCGAAAAGGACGAAAAUGAGUGUGUUGGACCAAUUGAAACAAUUUUCCACUGUUGUGGCAGAUACUGGAGACUUUCAAGCUAUGAAGGAAUACAAGCCAACUGAUGCUACCACAAAUCCCAGUUUAAUAUUGUCCGCGGCUGGGAUGGAUCAGUAUCAACAUCUGGUUGAUAAAGCUAUUAAAUAUGGCAAGGACUGUGGAGGAUCUAUUGAUGAACAAUUAGCAGAAACUUUAGACAUGUUAAGUGUACUAUUCGGUUGUGAAAUACUGAAAAUUAUUCCAGGAAGGGUUUCUGUUGAAGUUGAUGCAAGAUUAUCUUUUGAUAAGGAUGCUAGUAUGGCCAAGGCCCUAAAGUUGAUUACAAUGUUUGCUGAGCACGGUAUCAAGAAGGAAAGGAUCCUCAUUAAACUAGCGUCUACAUGGGAGGGAAUACAGGCUGCCAAGGAAUUAGAGAAGAAACAUGGAAUACAUUGCAACUUGACUCUACUGUUUUCAUUGUACCAGGCUAUAGCGUGCGCUGAGGCCAAUGUUACACUUAUCUCACCAUUUGUUGGAAGAAUAUUAGAUUGGCACGUGGCACAUACUAAGAAAACAUUUGAAGGAAAGGACGACCCGGGAGUAAUGUCAGUUACCCGCAUUUAUAACUAUUACAAGAAGUUUGGGUACAAGACUCAAGUGAUGGGGGCAUCAUUCCGCAACACUGGUGAAAUACAAGAGCUGGCAGGCUGUGACCUGCUCACUAUUAGUCCCAAACUAUUGCAGGAAUUGGCUGAUAGUGAGCAAAAACUUAAAAAGGUCCUCGAUCCGGCAGAAGCUGCUCAGAGUGAUAUAGAAAAAGUGACUCUGACAGAAGCUCUAUUUCGUUGGCAUCUCAAUGAGGAUCAAAUGGCUACUGACAAACUUUCUGAAGGGAUCAGAAAGUUUGCUGCUGACACCAGAAAGUUGGAAUCCAUGAUCAAAGGCUUACUUGGCAAGAAGUAAAUGAUAUCCUCAGGCUGACAUCUAUGGAGCGAACUUAGACGUUUGAGACGAACUCCAUAUUUAUAAACAUCGCUUGGAGUCAACUUAUAAUACACUGUCCGGUAUCACACAUCUAAAAAUGCGUUCCGUUUCUCAUACUAAAUAAGCCAUCAAGUCGCAUUUCGCAUAAUUUAAAUCUAUCAUCGAUUUCCACUUAUUCCAAUAAAACUAAUAAUCAAAUAAGUUUUGGAUACUGUUAUAAUUUAGUAUACUUUGUGUUGUAACAGUUUGUUUCAUAAUAUUGUACAAUGUACUGUGUAUAAUGAAACGUACUCAACAUAAUCUCAGCUAUCAAAUGACUACAACUGAACUAAGUUUUUCGUAAGUACGGUCUCAGUGUCUUUAAGAUAACCAAUGGUGCAUUAUUUUACAAUUUUUAUUUAUAUUUUAUAUAUUUUGAAAAGAACUUUAUAUUAUGUUUUUUUUUUAUCUGAGAAUAAAUUUUAUAGAUGUUUUUGAAUAUGAUAUUAAUGUGAAAGAUUGUUAGUUCUAAGCUAAAUGUGUGGGUCCACUAUGUUUUAUACAUUCCUGUUGUACUUAUGGUCCUUUUGGUGAAGUUUAAUAAAAUUAAUAGAAAAUGUU